AUGAUUCUGCAAGCGACCAGCAAGGAAUCCAAGAUGGAGGAGAUCCGUCACUUUUGCUUCAAUCAUUCGCUAGAAUUCACUGUAGUUUCACUUGAUAUUUGGAUCGCAUCACUGACUGCCUUCAAUCGUCUAUUGAGUCCUACGGCUAACGGUGCGGCCGAUCCAACACAGGAGAAUGACCGUAGCACCCGGGUGGGAGCUUCUGGAGACCUGACACGUAAGGCUUUUGAACUUCGGUUCGGUAUUUUGUUCACUGUUGCGUUGAUUGUUUUUGUUCUCAUGCACCCAGUGAGACAGGAGAAACACGAUGAUGGGAAAGAUACAUACAAAAUUGAAACCGACGGAGAUCUACGGAAUGCGUUGGAGCAUUUCAGUAAAAAGAAAACUCCAGCAGAACGUUGCGUACGUCUGAAUGCCGAACCAAAAGAUGAACUGGAUUUGUUUACUGCGCUUGAACUGUUCUCUUCUGUCAUGGAUGCGCCUUCGAUAACACAUGACAAAGGUGACCGGUCUGAUGAGGAGGAAAAUUCGACCAGAAUUGAAAUUGACGCUGACCGGGCAUAUAUCCGUGGAACAAUUCAUACGAAAAAGGAGUUGUGUGACUUUGAGACGUUUGAACAAGAACGAGUUCGACGGGUGAUGGCUCGACUUUGCAUUGUGCAUCAGGAAUCAAUUUCCGUUGAGCCACACGAGCUGAGCAAACCGCACAAAGAUAUUCGCAGUCUGAUACGGGAUCGUAGAGAGCAUAAAAAUAGCAAACUGAGCAAACAGAAAUCGAGCGAAAUCAUUCCCACACCCACCGUGGACUCACCAGCGACCGCCUCUUGUGAUGUGAAUCCAACAGUUCCAGUCUUGCCUGAAACAAAAGACUGCGACAGUUUUGCCGAGACCCAGCCGUCAGAACCGGUAACUGCAAUGGAGGACGUAUCAAUCUCUAAAGGUGGUAAACUGAGUCGAGACGACAUAGAUAACUUGUGCCGUAGGCUCUAUAUGAUGGGAUUCAAAUUGGACGAGAAAACAUUACGAAGAGCGAUUAAAGCACGCCAAGGAAACGUGAAUCAGAUCAUAGACGAUUUGAGCUCGAUGGCAACCUAA